UACUACUAUUUAGUUACUUACUACUGUGAUAUAAAUGGAGAAUUAUGGAUGGUUGAACAAAUAGUAGUAACUCGACGACUUUUGGACAGUUGAUCCACAACUUUGCUUAUAUAAGUAGCAGAGCGACGGGGCAAAGGCACUGAAAUUGUAUUGUAUAUAGUAUGGACCAUGAGCAACCUUCAGAUGUAUGUGACCUAAUGCCUUGUAAAUUGAAGUGGUCUCAACUGACGUCCAUUGACGAUUCCUGGGUAUUUUGGAGCACAAAACAGAACGACGAGUUGGACUACCAGCAAUCCAUUAUUAAGUCCAUCAAUUCUUAUUCUGUCGUUUCCAUCUGUCCAACUGAGAAAUCGAGGAUCCAAUCUGUUAUGGAGAAAAUGUCGACUUCAAAUAUUUCUCUGUUUCAAUUCUGGGCACCCAUCAAGGUCAAUGGAUCUACUUUCCUGUCCACUGCGGAUCAACCAUUUGUUUUCUAUAAGAAACUUGAUAAGAGGCUCUCUUCAUACAGGAAGCUCUGUUUAGAUACUUUGAUUCCCAUUGACAACGAAAUUCCAUUUGGUCCCCCUGCACGAGUUUUCUCAAAACUCUUGCCAGAAUAUAACCCUGACGUCUCAAGCUACUCCCCUGCAGAGUUUCCACUGCCUCAAACUGCAAUUCCCUUGGAUUCUUAUUGUGCAUUUCCAGUGUUCAACAUUCAUGAUCAGCAGUGCCUUGGUGUAUUUGAGAUUGUAUCUACACUACCAGAUUUCCGUCGUCUCAACAUUAUUAAGGGGUUGAAUUUCGAACCAGUUGGGUUCUACAUUCCUUACUCAAUAAACAAACUUUUUGAACCUCCAGAGCCGCUGUUUUGUGAUAUAAAGGACGGGAUAUCUAGGAUCCGUAAAGAUAGGCGGAUUCCCUUUGCACAAAUUUGGAUUCCUUUUUCCCAAUCUGCCUCUUCGAAAGUCUUGUAUCGUGCUGCUGCCUCCACAUAUGAAUAUUUCAGUUUAAUGUAUCAUGAAUUUGAAUAUGCUUCUAAGGUCUAUUUUAUUAAGAGCGGUGAGGCAUUGGUGGGGAGGGCAUUUGCAUCCCAAGGUUCAUGCUUUUGCAAAGAUGUUACUCUAUUAAGCAUCGAAGAGUACCCUUUGGUGCCUGGUGCACGAAAAGCUAGAUUCACUCAGAGUUUUGCAAUUUGUUUGCAAAGUAGAUGCUCCCCCAAUAUUGUUUGCGUAGUUGAGUACUUUCUGCCACGACGCAAAAUGGCUGUUAGAGAUACAAAGACUUUCUUAAACAUGCUUUUAACCACAAUGAAAGAACAACUUCCAGGUUUCACAGUUGCUUCUGGAAAUGAACUAGGGCAGAGGAUGCUUGUUGAAGUUGUUAAAGUUUCCCCGAGUGAUGAACUUGACUCCUUUGAAAUUGGCCAAACUCUGCCGAGUGUUCAAGCACUUCAGGAUGGAGGAGAAACAACAGAAAUUGAUUCUUUCUGUCAACAGUCAAAUUUACAGAACAGGGAGAAUAAUGUUGCUGCUGCACUACUAGUUCCUUCUUGUUCAUCAGACAAGCGUGACUCACUCAACUGUGAAGGGACAGUGGAAGUUGAUCCGUCACUGCCUCAUCCAAUAGAGGAAGCUGUGACAAACAGAGGAACCGUUAACAUGGAUGUAGCACAUGAUGACCACAUUGAGGAUACAACUGAAAUAAUGCAACUUGAUUCACACUUUGAGCAACCAAAUUUAGAGACUAAUUCUUCAGGAAAUGCAACAACUAACAACGAGAUAAUUCAUUCGCAUAAGAAAAACGCAAUACAAAGGAUAGAAAAAGAUCAUGGGAUUACUUGCAAGAUUCUGGAGCAGCAUUAUGGCAUGACUCUUGAAGGUACUGCGACAGAUUUUAGCGCAUCUGAAAUGAUUUAUGCAUAGGUUCACUGAAAUCCCUUUUGUGGACUUCAUUUAUUGCAGUUAGUCGAGCAACACUGAAACGAAUAUGUAGAGAAAAUGAAAUCGCUAGAUGGCCACAUCAUAAGACUAGAAAGGUUAAUGUCCAUGUUAGCCAAGGCGCAUCUUUUCAAGGUGCUGAACCAUAUGUGGUCGAUCAACAAUGUCCUGCUCUUUCCCAAGAAAAAGGCACAGAUUAUUUGGGUCACAAAAUAUCUCCUGCAUCAGGAAAACCUUGUGAUAGUGUGAUGACUUUAAAGGUUACAUAUAGAGGUGAUAUCAUAAAGUUUCAACUCCCCUUUUCAUCUACGAGGGUAGAAUUGGAGGGGGAAGUGGAAAAGAGGCUUAAGAUAUCACUUGAAAGGUUUUCAAUAAAGUAUCAAGAUGAAGAUGACGAUUGGAUAUUGAUAACUACUGAUUCAGAUUUGAGGGAUGGGAUGCAUUCACUAAGAUUGUUGGGAAGGACUACUAUGAGAUUACUGGUUACCUCAGAAGCUGACUCAUGAAGGAUUUUCCGAAAGUGAUGUUAUCUUUUGGUGAUAUGGUGUUUGUCUCUUUCCUGAGGUGUUGUGACAUGUCUUUAUGCUCAGUGAACCAAGGUGUAAUGCUGUUACGAAUGGGGAACUGUCAAAUUACGAAAGAUGCCUAUAUAUAGAAGAGGAAAAUAAUGAGUUAUGUCAUUUUCUUUUCAUUAGCUAUUUUGUAUUUUCUGUUUGUUGUUUGAUUACAUGAACAACCUGUUCGUAAGUUCCUUUGAUGAUCAAUACAGAGCUUAAUUUGUUACA